GGACUUGCUUCUAGUCUUCUAAAGAAGAGUAUUGAAAUUGCACGCGUUGCAGGGUGUUCUCAUAUUAUAACUAGCGCAACAGCUGUCGCGUCUCAAAAUCUUUUCAAAAAGUUUGGAUUCAAAACUGUUCACAAAGUGUUAUUCAAAGAUUUUCUGGAGGAUGGAGAGCCUGUUUUUAAAAAUUUACAUGAUAAUGGAAGUGGAGCUGAAUUAAUGUUGUACAAAUUGGAUUAAGGAGAAAAGGAAAAACACUAAAUUUUAAGCACAUUUUCAAUACAAAUACCAUAUUUUUAAUUACGAAUUUCCCUUUCUUUUUUCAUAAAUUCAGGCCAUAUGUUGCUGCUCUAACUUUUUUCCCAUAUCUCUUUAAAAUCCUCUUUAUAUGUGAUUCGCAGAUUCAAUUUUACGAGUUCCUCAAUCGGUAAGAACAGAAUGAGAGAAAAAGGAGGAAGGAGAAAAUCCGCCCGCCGCCGCGUUUUACGAGUGCUCUGGCAAUAAAAUCUGCCUUUCGACCGCCAUCGUUGACGAUUUUUUUGUGCCGGUCGUAGUUUAUCCGUCCUCCAUUAAAUUAAAAAUCGACAAACGGUUGGUCAACUUUGAAAAAAUCAUCCAAUCCUCUUCAUAUUUUUUGUCAUUCAAAAUUAAUAACUGAAGAACAUUGGUCAUGACGCGGCAUUCCACGUCCAAUGUUUUCCUUCUUUUUUGGACUGCUUUAUUCAUUCUUCCGUUUUAUUGUAUCUCCAUCAAAUGGCUGUAAAAUUUUUCUUAGUUUCCCAGCUAAAAUAAUUUUUAGAGCACUUCAUAGGGUACAGCCCGCAUGGACAAAUUCAGGAGAUUGCCCUCGUUCACGUGAAGAACGCCGCGUUUUUGGCCUUAUAGCUUAUCAGGCACGUGUUUGUGUUCGUCUGCCUGAACUUAUACCACAUAUAAUUAAUGCUGCUUCUUUGACUGUCGAUGUGUGCCAAGCAGCAUUCGCUGACCGAAGAUGGAAUUGUUCCUCUAUUUUAACUGCUCCAAAUUUAAGUGCCGAGUUAAACAGUGCAAAAGCUUGCUCCUCUGGUCAAUUAGCAAAUUGCCCUUGUGGUUUUGGAGAUACCGUGACAACAACAGCUCCAAUUGGAAGCGACCAUUUUCAAAGAAAUCUUACUGAAUUAAGUUAUAAAUGGAAGGGCUGCAGUGAUAAUGUUGUCCAUGGAAGAAGAAUUAGCCGUGAAUGGAGUGAUUCAAAAUGGAGACCAAAUCCUGCAGAAGCAGUUAAUGAAAUUGCAGCUCGAAAUCGUUGGAAUAUUGUUGAUGCUGAAAGAAUUGGAGGAAGCGAUGAUUAUAUAAAAGACCAAAUGAGGGUUUUAAAACUUAAGAGGCAUUCUCCAAACAGCAAACGUAAUAAUGGACAAAAGGCGCGCAUGAAUGAAUUCAACAAUGAAAUUGGUAGACAAGUUGUAGAGCAAUCCCUAUACAAAAAGUGUAAAUGUCACGGAGUUUCAAGGCUUCACAUUUUAUUUAUUAAUCAUAAAAUCCGUUUUUAGCUCCUGUGAUGUAAAAACUUGCUGGUACACACUUCCACCACUCGAACAUGUUGUCGCAGUUUUAAAAAAGAAAUAUGAUAAUGCUAGACCUAUGCUUGGUUCUAUUCCAUUAGGUGCUAUGAGAAAAAGAUGGAAACAUCCAGAAUCAAAUGAUGAACAAUCAUUGGUUUAUUUGAAGAACUCGCCAAAUUAUUGCGAGGAAGAUGCGGCGACAGGAAGU